GAGGGCCCUAUGUUUCUACUUCCUGGUUUGGUUAUUACAUUAUAUGCUACUGGAGCCUUGAAUACUGUCCUAUCAAAGGAUCAUCAAUAUGAGAUAUGCAGAUUUCUGUACAAUCAUCAGGCAAGCAAUGUGCACUGUGUCAACCUUUUGUCGAUAUUUGAUCCUGAUAGGUGCUUGGAGCAUAUGAAUGGUCAGGGAAUAAUCCACUACCUCCAGAAGUAUGGCUAUGUCCUUACUUUCUUCCUAUUCAUCCAGACAAAGACAACUCAUAUUGGAGGAUCUUGUUUCCUAUUUCCAACCACUGCUCCCUUUUCAGACUAGAAAAAAGCUAUAUUUGAGAAAUUGAGACCAAUA